CGCUUGGAUCGGUUGUCGGAGCAUGGACGACGCGGUCGUCAUCUUGCGGCGCGAGCUGGACGCGUUCAUGGCGACGCAUGGCUCGACGGUGCUAGCGCGAGGUUCCGACGUCGACCCGGCAGCGGUCGCCGAGAUGACGCGUCUGAGCUCCUUGUGGACGUGCAUGGCGACGCGCAAUUUCAUGGCGACCGUCGACACGCUCCUCAAGUGGCAGGUGGCCAAAGUCGAAGGCUCGGUCUUUGUUCGCGCCGGUCACUACCUCGUGGGCCAUCUGCUCUACGACAUGCUGCAGGCGCUCUCGUCGCCUUGUGAUGAACGCCUCGAGGCGACCUUGACCCGGCUCGUGCGACUGACGCUCAAGCUCCUGAGUGAGCGCAAGGACCUCGAAGCACCCACAGCCAAACAAGCAACUGAUUUUUUCUCGUUCAAGCUGUCGACACCGGCGCUGCUGGUCGACGACGUUGUCCAGGCGCAGUGGCAAAAGAUUCUAGGCCUCCUCGGACAGCACGCAAUCGGGUCGAUCCACGCUGCCAUGGACGAAACCCUCAGUCGCCUCGACAAGACGCCAUCGAUGCCCAAAGACGUGUACCUCGCGACGUUCUCAUCCAUGCAGCUCCAGCUGUUGCAGCCGCGCUACGACGAAGCGACGGCGCCAGCGAAACUCGCCUUUCUGCGCGCCCUCCUCUCGUUGGCGUCCAAGCCGCAAAGGCUGCCGACGCGUCUCGCCGCGCUGCGCGUGCUCGCGGCCAUUCUGCACCGAGAGCUCGCGCACGGGCUUCCGCCACCGACGCGCCACGUUGAGUGGAACAGCUUUCUGAGCGACCUCCACGCCGUCGCGUACAAGCUCUGUCUCAAGAAGCAGCGGCAGUUUAAAACGAUUGCGAUUGCAUGGGACGUGCGUCUGGUCGCACUCAUGCUCUCGAACGCCGAGAUCUUUGCCCGGUACUGGCGCGACGACGCGAUGGCGCUGCUCCGCGUGCACUCGCAGCUCAAGGACGCCACAUCCCUUGGUCUCCUCUCGACCUUUCUCAAGCACCUCCUGCGCCGGCACUCGGCGUCGCGGAAGACGCUACCCCUCGAAAAAGACGUGAUGGACAUCAUCAACCUCAUCCAAGCGUGGUGCUUCUGCAUCUCCAAGCACAAACCAACCAAGCUGCUUUUACUGCUUGGGCAUCUCGUGGAGAUGAGCGUCUUGCUUGCGUCCUACAACCUGGCGUACUGCCUCCAGAGCCACGUGCGGCAGCUCAUCUUGGAGGCCGACUCGAUCUUUGACGAGCGUCGGCUCGUGGGCCUGGCCGCAUUGCGGGCCAUCUUGCUGGCGCCUCCAACCGACGACGGCUCGUCAUGGGAUCGUGCCUUGCUCGCGGCCUCGCACACGAGCGUCGCAGACGUGGUUGGGUCUGUCCUCAUCGAGAGCAACACGGUGUUUGGCAGCGGCAUCGUCGGCGCGACGUCCAAAGCCAGCGCAUACAAGACGUGGGUCGGUCUCCGCGUCUUUGAAGCCGCGAUCGCGUGCACGCAGGUGCUCUUUUCCGACAUGCAGCUCAGCGACGAGCACAAGACGAUGAUUUUAACGCGCGUCGCCGUCCACAGCGAGCUCUCGCUGCGGCAGGUGGCGUCCGACGCGCUCCUGUACAUCGCGUCGACGUGCCUCGGCGCCGUCGUCGAUGGCAUCUACCAGCACGUCGUGCGGCUGCCCUUGUCCGACAAGGCCUUCCAAAGCGCGCUUCCGACGCUGCUGCAUUUGGUCCAGCGGAUCUGCGAGACUACCAACGGGCCGCUUCCCGUGUCCCACGGACAGGCCAUCGAAGCCAUGUGCCUCUACGUGCUCUGCAGCGACAACAUCGAGAGUCGGCUCGGCGCACUCGAUGUGCUUGCUGCUGUCGCCGCCUUGCGCCAGCGCUCGUCGACGCACGCAACGUCGACCAUAAAUGUCCUCGACAUACUGAGGAGCAUCGACGACGACCUUGCGCUUCAGUUGGGACUCAGCACCGAGGACAUGAAGUCUGCAUCGCGCGCUGGCAGUGUCCUCAAGUGGCUCGCCCAGAGACAUGCUGCGCUGCAUACGCAAAGGCUCUUUGCACACGUGCGCCCCGAGAUGGACGACGAUGACGACGCGUCGACGGACCGGGACGCGCAAGUGGCAGGUGUCGAUUGGCUCUGGUCCCUCGGCCUCGCGACGCUUUGGACCCGCGUCUGUGAAGCGUGCCCCGAGCUGCUUGCGCGCAUCUGGAGCGACGUCAAUGACGCAGCGCACCGGCUCGAGCCACCGAUUCCGGUCUUGGCGAGCGGUGACGACGCGACGUCGGCGCAGUGGCGCCAUUGCAGCAUCAUGGCCUGUGCGAGUGCGCACAUUGGCCACGACAACGUGACGCGCGCGUCGGUGGCACAGCUGCUGGAGCGUCAGCGCCGGUAUUUGAAGAGUCCGAGUCCGCACCAGCGGCAAGCCGCCGUCCUCGCGCUGGGUGCGACGCACAGCAGCGCCCACGCCCUGCUCUUCGAGCACCUCGCGUCGUUGGAGCUCGACGCGUUCUGUGGCGCCGAUCUAUGGCUUGCAACGACGCUCUCGCCGCCCACGUCGCCGCCAUCGCUCCUAUCGAACGGCGGACCAAAGAUGACCAAGCGAGGCUCGAAGCACCAGCUGCUCGCGACCAAGAGCUUGGGGAUUCAAAGCGGGCUCCAGUGGGCGCUUGCUCGCAUCUACCGCAGCCUCCUGUCGCAGCCCCACAGCAUGUUCAUGUGGUCCAAGCGAACAUUCCGGCGGCAGUUGCUUGGCUUUCUGGAGAAGGUCCACGCCCAUGUCUCGUCACCGACGCUGCUGCUGCGAAGCGACGUGUGCGCGAUCCUCGAAGCCAUUGUCCACCACAGUAACCUGGCCUUUGGGCUUGUGACGGACGAGCCCAACCAAGAGCCUUCGCUCGAAGAUGCAGCUGCGUUGACGACUGCCCAGCGGUAUCGGUGGUUUGAAACACUUGCAGCGUGGAGCCGUGACGUGGCACCCUCGGACGCGCUGGCUUGGACGCCGCACGUGUGGACGCUGCGUCUGCCGACGACAGUCGACGAAGCCCUUGCGCGCUGCAGCCACCCACUUCGCCCGACAUGCGACGAGUGGAUCGAAAUGUGCUACGGCGUCUUGCACGCGGCGUGUGCAGCGAUCGCGGGGCUCCUGCUUGGCCCUGCGUUUGACGUGCCCGCCGUCUUUGCCUGGCUCGACGAACUGUUGACUGCGACAACUCUGCCACCGACACGCGCGCGAAUCUUCAGCCGCAUACGACGCCUCCUUGGCAAUGGCGUGCGUCUCUUCCUCUCGAGCGGCAACGACGAGGCGCUCUGUGUGUGCAUUGAGCGCUGCCUUGGCGCUGGGGCGUGUACCAAAGAGUAUGUGAUGCUACUCGCCGACGUUCUACUGGACCUUCGCGCCGAGUGUCGAGCUAGUCGGAGCUUUCCGAAGCUGCUCUUCGUGGGGCUGUUGCACAUGGAGUCGAACAGCGGCAUGCAGAUCCUCCUCACGCUGCUCGAGGCGCCAGAGACAACGAGGAUGGAAAGCCUCGAGCGUACGCUGAGUGUCCCGUUUGCCACGACCGCUGCGAGUCUCUGGGUCAACCAGCGCGUUGCUAUCAGCUACAAGAGCGUCUCGCCGGACGUGGUCGCCGCUCUCUUGACUUUUGUGCACAAGUGUCCGAGCAUUCUUGUGCAGUCGCGGCUGCUCGAGAUGGCGGUGCCGUGGGUGCAGAACCUCGCGUCGACGGCCCACGUGACGGCACUCCUCUUCCGUGUCACCACCGACCUUCAAGUCCCGUCGGUGGCCCGGCUCUGGAUCGAGCUCGUCGCCUCCGACGAGAACCUCCGAGUUCUGCUUGAGCUCGUCUACGCCAUCGAAGCGAACGAAAAGCUCACGACGGCGCAAUGGAUUCUUUCGUGCAUCGAGGUCGAGCGGCUAACGGUAGCGGUCCUCGCCUACGACACCGACGAGCGGCGACGGCACGACCGCGUCCUCGACACUGCCGCGCGAACGAUUGCGUUUCUGGCACCGCACGUGCACGCUUAUGGCGCAUCGCACAUGCGGGUGCUGCGGCACUUGGCCGUCUCGGUGCUCUACGGCUAUGCCUCCGUGCAGCCGCUCUGGCGCGUGCAGGACGAAGCCCUCCGCGCGACCGUUGUCGCCGAUUGUGCCCGGCUACUCGAAGCAACCACGGCCAGCGUUGGCCUCCGGGCACUUGUCGAACGGCCUUCACUGCCGAGCCUCGACGAGCUCCGCGAGCUCUUAACGCCGCUGGGCAGCGCCCUUUCCGAGUGCGAGACCGCCGCGUGGGCCGACGCGUGCCAGGCAGCAUUUGGCGGCGCCAUGGGCAGCGCGCAAGAACAGCUCUAUGCUCAGUGCAGCCUUUACGUCUACCGCCUUCUGCAGCCGCGCUUCAACGGCGCGGCGUGUGUGCACUUGCUCAACCUGUUGCGGUCGGCGCUCGACGACGUCGAUGCGAUCGCGUUCGUGCACGAGUACCUCUUGACGCUCACGCACUUGGCGCAAGUCAUGCCGCCGUCCAAGCUCGUGCUCUUUCCGCAGCUGCUCUGGGUGGCCAUCGCGCUCCUCAAACAUUCGCAGAGUCAACUACUGAGUGCGCCGAUGCUCGAGCCGCUCUCGCUGCAAGGGCCGUCGCUGAGCCUCUUGCACGCCGUCGUGAGUAAACCAUCGUUCUUUGAGCCCAUUGUGCACGACAUGCUCCUUGCGCGACGGCCGCCGCAGUGGAAGCCACACGCGAUCGACUGCACGUUCGACGUUUUGGCAGCGCUGUCGCAACAGCUCACGUCCCCCGAGACCGAAGCCAUUGUCUUGCGCACGGCCAAGGCGCUGCUGUUUCAAGCCUCGAGCGUCCCCCACGGCGUUGUCCUCACCGCGCUGCUACUGCCGUCGCAUUUGGCGACACCGUGUCGCGAGACAGCGCACGACCUCGGCUACCUCUGGCGGCUCCUUGGAGAGCUCGAGUUGGCCGAAGCGCUCACUGCCUCGGCGCCGAUCGCGGUCGACGAGCUCGCGCCGCAUCUCGUGCGCUGCUGCUUACGGUCGCCCAGUGACGAAAAACUCUUCCUCGACGUCCUACUUGCGAUCGUGGUGGGUCACUGCAGAAGGCUGCACGCGCCCACGCUACAGCUCGUGCUCCACCUGGUGCUCGCGGCGCCGCCGACGUUUUGGAAACGGAAUGGCACGCUGCUCGCCGUGGUGACGCGCCUCCUCCAUUGCACCCCCUCGAGUGACUCGACGUGGCCUACCUUGCUGUCGCUGCUGAGCACGCUCUUGCCGCCGCUCUAG